AUGGCCCUUAAAGACCUUCGGGGACCAGCCGGCAUGAAAGAGAACAACCGUGAAAAUGACAACGUAACGGGUUCUUCGAUGAAACGAACAAGCGUCACGGCAAAAGAAGUUCCAAGGAAGUAUUUCAAGAAAGUGAAGCCAUUGCAUGAGAAACUAUCCCAAAAACAACAGCAAAAAAUGGGAGGUCAUGUGCAUUCAAUACCGCCAACUUCAACAGCAAACAAUGCUGUCAGUCUGUCUCUUAAAUCAGAGAGAUCUAUGAAAGAUAUUGAUGAUGUCUCUAGCAAGGAUGGCAGAAAGGGUAGUAGUACUGGAGUGUUUUCUCAUUCUUUCUCGGGAAAUUUGAGACCAAGAAGGAGAAGUUGCGCUUCCAGCUGUCCAUCUCCAAUGCAGUCAGCUCCUAGUCACUCAGGCGUGCUUUGUAAAAUGUUGUGGGUUCAGCUGUAUGGAGACACAUUAUCGGUGGAGGAAUUGCAGAGCGCUGUUCAAGGUGCAGUUGCUCAUUGCAAGAACUCCAUGAUGCAAAACAAGACCGUGAUCAGUGACGAAAUCUAA